UUGCGAUUGGCAUCCCGUGAGCAGUACCUUUCACUCGUGUCCGUAUGUAACCAGGUGCAUUCCUGCCGCCUGUGCACUUACAAAUCUAAGUACAAGACGCACAUGAACCAACACCUGCGCAUACACACAGGUGAGCGCCCCUUCAAAUGCCACCUGUGCCCGGAAGCAUUCACUCAGAAUAACAGCCUGACACGGCAUCUGCGCACCCACACUGGAGAGCGUUUUUGUGAGCAAUACCUUUCACUCGUGUCCAUAUGUAGCCGGCUGCAUUGCUGUCGGCAAUGCACUUACAAGACUAAGCACAAGAAGCACAUGACCCAACACCUGCGCAUACACACGGGCGAGUGCCCCUUCAAGUGUACCCUCUGCCCAGCGGCAUUCACUAAGUUCGGCCACCUGAAAGAGCAUGUGCGGACCCACGUGGGAUAGCGCCCCUACAAGUGCCACAUAUGUUCGGAAGCAUUCAUUCAGUGUAACUGCCUGGCACGCCAUCUUGCCACCCAUACUGGCGAGCACACCUACCAGUGUCACCUGUGUCCGGAAAUGUUCACCCAGACUAGCAUCCUGACAUGCCAUUUGCGCAUCCACACUGGAGAGUGCCUUUUCCUGUGUUCACUGUGGUGCAUCCUUUUCGCUGAAAGACUACUUCUUGCGUCACAUGUCCUGUCACUCAAAGGAGAAGUCCUAAAGAUUCCUUGCGAUUGGCAUCCCGUGAGCGGUACCUUUCACUGGUCUCCGUAUGUGAUCAGCUGCAUUGCUGCCGGCAGUGCACUUACAAGACUGGGCACAAAAAGCACAUGGCGCAACACCUGCGCAUACACACAGGCGAGCGCCCCUUCAAGUGCCACCUGUGCCCGGAAGCAUUCACCCAGGAUGGCAACCUGAGACGCCAUUUGUGCACUCACACAGGAGAGCGCCCCUACCAGUGCCCCCUGUGCCCAGAAGCAUUCGCUCAGAGUAGCACCCUGAGACGCCAUAUGAGCACCCACCCAGAUUCCUCGCUAUCAGUAUCCCCUGAGGAGUACCUUUCACUCGUGUCCGUAUGUGGCCAGCUGCAUUCCUGCCGGCAGUGCCCUUACCAGACUAAGCGCAAGGAGCACAUGACCCAACACGUGCGCAUACACACAGGCGAGCGCCCCUUCAAGUGCCAGCUAUGCUCAGAAGCAUUCGCUCAGCCUUACGACCUGACAUGCCAUCUGCGCACCCAUACAAAAGAGCGCCCCUACCAGUGCCACCUAUGCCCAGAAACAUUCACUGAGAAUAGGAGCCUGAAACGCCAUAUGCGUACCCACACUGGAGAGCGCGCUUUUCCCUGCAUCCACUGUGGUGCAUCCUUUUCACGGAGAGAUGGCCUCUUGCGCCACCUGACCUGCCAUUUGGAGGGGAAGACCUGAAGCUCAGGGGCUCGAAAUUUUGUCGUAGAUCGACCGAUUGAGCCUUUUUUUUUUUUCUGGCUCUCUACACCAAAGAGCUUUUCUUGUAAUAUUACCCAGAGGAAAGUUGACCAUGCCAUACAUGAGAGUUUUUUAUGGAGUGCCUUCGUGUCACGUCACCUAUCCCAGCGUAACGAAAUUUUGUCUUGAUUGUGGAUUGGUCUAAAAUAUGUUUGUCACUGGAGUUCACAUUUGACAUAAUUGUGCUUCCUAGUUCAAAUGCUUAUGUUUUAGUAACAGAUAUUUAUUUAUUAUUACAACCUGACUACCUUUGUACAGAUUGUUAUAAUACAGGCUAAACAGUUGUACCAGCUGAUGUUUUCUCAAGCUUUAAAUGUUAAGUGUCAGACGUGUGGUUGAGCAUCAGCAAACCCUGUCACUCUGGUCGGCAUUCGCACAGCAAGGCAACGACAUGAGAAAGUGAGUGCUGCAGUUUUUGAGAAGCCAUCAGUCAAGUUUAGUGAUGUCAUGUCUGGAAACCGAGUAAAGCUUGUAUGCUGUAUUGAAAUGGUGUGGUGGGUGGUGCCUCUGGUCGGAAUCAGCAUCAGGGAUAUCUAGACAUGCGGACUGGUAAAUAAGUUGUCUACAUGCACUCGUGUCACAUGUCUUGCAUGAAUUGAUGAUAGCAUGAUAUUUCUUGCAGGCUUACUGAAUAUUACCCAUAGGUCCUCAUGACGUAACAAAUACUAAUAGCUAUUGGGCCUGAACUGCUAAUUACACCGUACUGCAAAAUUAAUGCUGUACUGUGGCUCCUCUAUUAUUGUUUUGAAAGUAAAUAAUACAUAUAUUUUUUCUCUAUGCCAUUUACCACAGAACCUCGUGAAAGAAAGAAAUGUCACAAAAGCACCUGGAGUCAAAUUCAUUCAUUUAGUGUGAAAUUCAGCUAAAUUAAUGUGCUGGCUAGCUCCUAUAUGCCUAGGUAACAUGUUAUGCUUAUCAUGCAGACCUGCUCAGAAAAUAUGAAAUUCCAGCAUUGCCCAUUGUGCAGUGAAUGUUGACACUAAUGCGGUUAGCAUUGAAGUGGUGUAGCGAUAAACUGUAUUGCCACUGCCAUAAUGCGUCAUGUUUGAGAUGUGAAUGCAGCCAGGCUCUCUUCUCGCACAUCCCUCUAUACACACUGUACGAUCUAUUGGUACCACAGUAAAAUUUGUGCAUGAUACAUCUCUGAAUAUACGUGAUGAGGGUUUGAUUCUACCCAACAGAAUUUCUAAAGGAUAUUUUUCUUAGUUUGAUGAGUGCCACACAUGGGCCCCUGGCACACACCCAAUGACCAAAAUUGGCAUCAAAGAGGUUCGUGGAAGAGCAGCAGACACCCAGUGUCACAUAAUCAAAGACUCAAGUUGCUCUAAAGGUUGGUUUCAAAUGCAGAUCCUUGAACACAGCAGCACAGUGCUCAGCCCAUUAACCCAAUGACUCAAGUUGGCUAGAAAAUGGUUGGAGAUAAUGAUAACUGCCGAGAAGGGCAUAAAGUAUCCUGAGAAUGCUAAGUGAAUCAAAAAGUGAGAUCAGCAGCUUAAAAAACUUGUUUGUGCUUUGUCUGGCACCUAUAAUUUCUGCUGGUGUUAAGAUUUUGGGGUGUGUAAAGCACAUGCCAACUGGACUUUACACAGGUGAAGCCAGCAGUAUUGCAGCUUCAAAGCCCUGUCUGAGCAAUCUGGAACAAAGAGUACAAGUUCCUGCCCACAAAGCCUCUAGAGCUGCAUGCAGAAAUUUAGUGAAGAUGGCAGCCAAGACCAUAGCCAGAAUAGCAACAGCUAGCAGGGAGUGUCCUGCCCGACAGCAUGCGACCACAGGCAUUCUCACCAUAGCCUGCCGAGCAGGAGUCUCCACAGUUGCAGCGAUCGUCACCACCACGGUCCUUUAUUUCCAUGUUGCCAGCAUUGUGGCAGUUGGAUUGUGUUUUGUUAAGAGCUAAUGUCAGCGAGUGUGGGCAGCGUGCGCUAUUUGCUCAUUACACCACAUUCUCAAAUCUGUUUCAUGCAGCGAGCUUUGUAUUUAGAAAUUUUUAAAGAGAAGUAUGUUGGCUCAAAUGCAAGUAAGUGUAGUAAGGGUGAGAACUUGGACAAGUUUGUCAUUUACAGUAGAAGUAAGCACGGUGCACAUAACAGAAAUGUAAUGUUCUGCAUUCUAUAUUGUCUUCCUUUGCUUCACGUAUUAUUUAUUUUAAUUUAUGCAUGUAUUCAUUCACAUGCGCACACACUCUCUCCAGCCAGCUGGGGACGUGGCAGAAGUGAAGAAAAUGUUUGUGUAUUAACUUUUUGUUGCACUGUGCAUGUCCUUGCCACAUGCACUCAUUUUCAAACUAUAUACCAGGUGUUUCUGUGAAGAAUAUGAGCAAUUUUU